UUCUACCAGUAAUGAUCAUUUUAUAUUCUUUCUAAGAUGUUAUUUUUAACAUAAUAUAUAACUUAUGUUAAAUUCUAUUUAUGGAGAACUGUGUUAUCAAAAAUUCUAAGAGGCCGUACCAUUCGACAAUGGGACCCUUACUCGAGGAUUUUAACACGCUCACUAAAAGGCGUAAAAAAUUGUUUGAUAAUAUAAAUACCCAAAUUGAUACUUUAAUAAAACUUUUACAGGAUACCGAUGACAAACUCAAUUCUACCCACCUGAAUCAUCUAAAUAAUAAUUUAAAUGGAUUAAAUCAUCAGUAUGAUAAUUUAAAUGGCAAAACCAACGGCAUUAAUGGGUUUAAUCACACUAAUGAAACCCAUAAUACUGGUGGACUUGAUUCUGAAGCCCAUAACCAUAAUCACGUAAAUGAAUACACCAAUGCCAAUGAACACAAUGGUGUUAAUGGUUUUAAUGAAAAUAAGGAAGUUGUUUUAACCGAUCGUUCAAGUGGAACUGAUGACGAAACCAUCAGUUUAACUGAAAGGUCAGACACAAAAACUGAACAUUCCACUUGCGAAAAUAUUAAUGAGCCAAAUUUGUCAAGUAAAUAUGAACCCUCAAAUCCUAAAAUUUCCACAAAAUAUGACUCGAGUGACACAGGAAAUGAAACCUCGUCCACAGAUUUUAAUAAUGAGCCAUCGCUGUGCGAAUGUAAUAGGCAAUUGAUAAGGGAUUUGGCAUCAACAGUUAAGUCUUAUGACUUAUACAGGAGGAUAACCAGGUCAUUGAAGGAGUUUAAUGUUCAGUUUAAUGACAUGGGCCGCUCACUACUGGGACCCCGCUCAACCGAUUGUCAUGAGUUAUUUUCACCGGUCAAGUUAGAUGAAAGACUCGUAUGCAGAAUGAUAGGUAUGCACCUCUUACACUAUGGACUUUUCGACGUCUACGAACAGCUCAAGAUUGAAUCUGAGCGCCUUUGGGGCUCUGACCAUAUUGGAACAAUUGGAAGCGUAAUGGUAACAGCGUACAGAACUCUGCACGACCUCCUAGAUAAGAUAAGGAGUGGAGAUAUUGACCCAGUACUUGAAUGGACUAAACUUCAAUACGACAGUUCCAACCUGCACAUUCAACGUUUUAACGAAAUUAUGAUUAAUUUAUACAAAAUACGCUUUUUAAGCUUCCUGUACAAUUUUAAGCCUAAACUAAAUGGAUCUAAAGAACAAAAUAGCACUAAUCGGAACCAUGAUAGUGAUAUAAUUCAGCAGGUUAAGGACAGCGGAAUAACUUCACUGUGGAAGAUCCACAAUGACGAGAUAGGGAAGUUGGUGACCCAGCUGAUACUGGGUGAGAAUAAGCCCACUGAGUCUGAGUUUGAGGAACUUAAGAAUAAGACAGUGAAGAUGUUCACGAAGUUGUUUUGUGAAUCAGGAAUCUUGAUCAAGAAGCCACUCAACUACGAUAAGAGGCCAUUACUCUCACAGCUUGUCGAAGACCAAUUUAUUGUAACCACUGAAGCUAAAGUUGAGGAAUUGCCAGUGGAAGAGUCACCCAAACUUGACGAUUCCAUGAAUAUAACUGAUAAUACCCGCACAUUAUUCGGAUACAGAACAAUUCAUAAAGAACAGUCUACCAAAAGCUACAGGCCCAAGUACAAUUCAUGGCUUUUGACCCUUAGUUCAGAAGUUCAAACAACACCGACAAAACCAGUACCCGAAGUGUACAAAACACCCUUGAGGAAGGACUGGCUUAAUUUAUCAGAGAAACCCAGGCAGAAACAGCCCAGAAUGGCAUACAGAUAUUUGAACUCGAAGUCACUAGAAUUUGGACGCAGACUAAACUUUAUAAGGAAUAAACUCUGCAACAAUUCUCCUCGCGACGAGUCCCUUUCAUUAUCCAAAUCAGUUCUCAUAACGACACUAUGUGACCCAGAAACGUUUUGCAGGCAAAACCUGAUCAUAUCAGAACAUAUGCUGAACAAUAUACCUUAUUAUGUUGAAAAUCAAUUGACCGAAGAUGAGUCAAUUUCGUUUGGAGCGUUUACUGAUACGGAAGACUGGUCCUCAUCGAGGGCUGAUAGGACCACGACGGUGCUUAUAGCAACUGGCUCGGAAGAAUCUGAGGAGGGAAUUUUAGGUCUAUCAAACAUGGGAAGACUAAUUGAUAACUAUUCGACGUCUGUAUCUUCAGAGGAGUCGUCACAGAGGACCACGCCAACAUUUUCACUGACCGUGUUUGCAGGCCCCUCGAUAUUCAGGGACUCUAGACUCUCUUCUCAGCUUAUGGAGGCUGACAUAAUCUCUCAGAGACUUCUUAACGUGUCACCAGGAUCAAGGAUUAGGAUUAGGGUCCCCACACUGACUGAAGAGGAAAUUAGAAGUACCCCGAGACGCGAAAGCUUAGUUAGCCCCUAUGAUCCACCAGUUACUGAACCAGCUGUGGUAGCUGAAGAGGAAGAACAAACUACCACUACUACUACCACUACUACUACAACUACCACCAUUGAACGUUCAAGUAUUACCCUGCGGGAUAUAUUGAGAAUGAUCAUGAGAGGAUUGAGAGUAGAAACUCAGUCAACAGUGGUUCGAUUCAGAGGUUCAAGACCACAACAAAAUCUCGAAGAUUCAAGAACAUCUUCAACUGAGUCAGAAUCACCAAAGGACAAAGCAUCAUCACACAAGAGACUAAUAAGACCAAAAUCAUCAAAUAAAUCGGAAUCUCAAGUCGAUUCUGAUUACAUUAAAGUACAUUUACCAUAUGAAAGUCCACUGUCGGUUGUUACGUGUGCUGGGCACGUGACAUUUCCGUAUUUGUUGGAUGUGUUGAAAGUACUGUUUAAGGAGCACUGUGAAGUGUCAUCAAAGGUGGGAAUGUGGCUGAAGUCAAAUCAGCAACUACCAGUAGAGUCAGACCUCGGACCAGCAUUCCACUUCCACAGCUAUUUAACCUGCGCAGUCUCAAAGGACCAAACAAGCAAUGAAAACCUACCGAUAAUGCUCUCGUGUGGCCACGUCAUCUGCAAAAUAUGCCACGAUCGACUGAGCGGGAAGAGGAGGAAGAGGCUGUUCAAGUGUCCAAUGUGUCCGACGAUGGUGGAGCCGAAUCAGACAAUGGAGCUGUAUCUGGACUGGAACUGCAAUCAUAACCAGUGUGUAUACUAAACUCUAUCUUUCGAUUCAAAUUGCACUAUAACAUUUUUCAAGAUUUUAAUUUUUAU